GACCAAUGUGGCGUCUACGUCUCGUGCAGUGAAACUUCGCGGACCGAGCGUUUACUACGUCAUAGGUGUUGCUAUGGUAACUGUCAUGGCGGCGCUCAGAGGGACGUCUCCGCAGUGGAAAACGACCAUAAUAGUCAGCUCUGCGCUGCGGAGUCAUGAGACCUGCAGGCAGCUCCGCGCGCAGCCGCACCGGAUCCGCUUUUCGGACAGCAUUGAGUCUGGAGUCUUUGUCUUUCCUCUGUCAGGCACUGCGUUUCUGCUGGUUGGCCCUGAAGACCUCCCAGAGCCUUUUGAAGAGUUUCAGCUCAUUGAACGGAUUAAAAAUUUCCUACAAGUCCACCGGAACUGCUUUCUGCUCCUGCACGACCCCUUUAAUGAUAAGAAGGACGUCCGCGCACUGCUUCAGAGCAGGUUCUUUGGCAGCAGUCUCAGGAUCUUGCCUGUUCACACUUAUCCUGAUUUAGUCAAAGGAAUGCUGACCAUCGCUAAGGCCACCAGUAAGCCACAUGUGGACCGGAUCCGGGACCGGAUGUCUCUGGCCCGGGCUCGAGUCAUAGAGACCAGUCCUAAAUGUGAAAUGCUAAGAAAAAUGUUGUAAAGCAAGUUUUCUUUUCAGUGAUUAAAGCUGCACAAAUCAAAUAAAAAGCAGAGCUGAAACAUGU